AUGCUUGAUAAGCUGUUUAAACGUGUGGAUCCCCAGGAGCAAACGAAGUUGUGGCGGCGGAACCUCAGCUCGGAGAUGCGCAAGAUUGACACACAAAUUCGUAAAAUUCAACGGGAGGAGAUGAAAGUAAAGCAGGCGGCGAAGGCAGCCGCACGCAAGGGGGACACGGUGGCGGUACGCAUGCUCUCUAAGGAGAUCAUUCGGGCACGUCAUGCGGUGAAGCGUUUGUACUGUGCCCGUACCCAAAUGAAUUCGGUCUCCAUGCAUCUACAACAACAGGCAUCGCAAAUUAAACUGGCGGGAAAUAUUCAGAAGAGCGCGGCCAUCAUGACACAGAUGAACGAGCUGAUGCGUGUGCAGGAGGUGCAGGCCACAAUGCGAGCAAUGAGCAAAGAGAUGAUGAAGGCGGGUUUGAUCGAGGAGACAAUAAAUGACACAGUUGACAACGCACUAGAUGAGGACAUUAGCAAUGCCGAGCUGGAUGACGAGGUGAACAAGGUGGUCGAGGAGGUCAUGCACGGCAAGAUGCAAGGCGCGACAGUUGGCCAGGCCAAGUUACCGCAAACUCAGCAGGUCACGGAGGAAGUGAACGCUGCAGAUGAGGACGAAGAUGAUCUCCUAGAGAAGUUUAAUGCUCUUCGCGGUAGUGCCACGUGA